AUGGUAGAUUAUAUUUUCACGGUUUCAACAUUCGUUUCCGUUAUAUUAAUCUUGAUUCCUCUAGGAUUUCAUAUUCAAUUAAGAAAUUCAGGAGCAAUAUUGAUGACAAUGUGGAUAUCGAUAACAAAUUUUAUUUUGUUUGUGAACUCGAUUCUUUGGGCAGACGAUCUAGAAGAUAAAGCUCCUACCUGGUGUUAUAUAACGCCGCCCAUUUAUGUAGCAGCCCAUGUUGGAUUAAUGGCUUCUAUUACCUGCAUGAUUUAUAAUUUAUAUAGCUAUGUGGAAUAUCCAACAAUCAUCACCGAGGUGUACAAAAGAAGGCAAAUAUACACUGAAUUAUUCAUAUCGAUAGUAAUGCCAUUUGUUCUUACUGCGUUAGGAUAUUUAGUAUUUAAAAACAAAUAUAGUAUAAGACCUAUAUUAGGCUGUUUCUUACAAGCUCAUAGUAGUUGGCUUUACAUUUUAUUACUUGGUAUUUGGCCUGUUAUAAUCUCUGGAAUUGGAUGUUAUUUGGCUGCAAGGACAUCUUACACUAUUUUAAAAAAAAGAUUAGAAAUUCAAGCGUUAUUAACAUAUUGUGAAUCAGGAUUAAAUGCAUCAAGAUUUUACCGAUUGGUGCUAUUUUGCAUUACAUUUUUAAUCCUAGCAUUACCAGCAACAUUGCUUACAGUGUUAGGUAAUUUGAAUAAUGGUCUGCUUCCGUACGAUUUCUAUGAAGUACAUAAAAAUUGGAAUACAAUUAUGCGUUUUACUGCUGAAACAGGCGGCCUUUCAGUAUUAGAUUAUGCAAAACCUUUAACUGGAUUAUUUGUAUUUUUGUUCUUUGGGACCGGUCAAGAUGCUAUGAACAGUUAUCGUAAAUUUGGACUUUCAAUAAAAUUAGACAAAAUAUUCCCAUGUUGUUUCCGGGAAAGAACUAUAUCACCGACGGAUACUGCUUCGCCAAAUUCCAAAACUUAUAAUGGUAAAAUGAUGACGUCAGUUCCAAAACAAGCAAAUUUUGAUUUAACAAGUGGGAUUAAAUUCAAUAUUGAAGGGAUUGACACAACUACUAUAAUGUCAAUAACAAAUCAUCGCGAUGAUGAUGAUUUUGACUAUGAUCAUAAAAUUAAUUAUUCAUCAUCUACAUUGGCAGUUAAUUCAUCAUAUAAUAAUACAAUAGUGGCAUCUACCCCAACAUCUUAUAGAUCACAUUUUUAUGAACGUAAUGAUGAUAAUCUAAAUCAUAUAGAUGAUUUAUUGGCGGUUUAUCCACCUGACAUAGCAAUUUCAAGAAGUCAUAAUAGUAAUAUUGGUGAGGAAGAUUAUAAUAAUAACAAUGCAAAUUAUCAUAGAGAAUCCGGAAUCGAUAAUCUACCUGGAACAUCAUCAGAUACUUUUGAUAUUGAGAAUGUUUUUCCUGCUCAA